CCGUUGGUGUCUAUCCAUGACGGCCAAAACAUUCACGCUUCAAACAUCAUCCUAUUCUCCUUUAAAUUUCUAACCAUAUCUCCCUCUCCUCUUCAUGAUCCGAAAUGAAUAACUUCGAAAUCGAUCAUAAUCAACCUUCAGUGAAUAACCCUUUACCGGAGAAACCACCGGCGCCGGAGCCCUAUACAACUCCACCGCCGGUUGGUUAUCCGACCAGAGACACCGCCUUUGAUAAUCCUCCGGUGGAGACGAAGUCCAAGGGUGAUGGGUUCUGGAAAGGAUGUUGUGCUGGGUUAUGCUGCUGUUGUCUCCUGGAUGCAUGCUUCUGAAGCUUUGGAUUCCACGACGCCGUUCAUGUUCUGUUGUUUUUCA